AUGCAAGAGCUGGGCUCUCACUCCCACUCUGCCAUGGCCUCAUCAGGAAAAGCUGCCAUUGCCUCCUCCUGCCUCUCCUUCGAGUGCUUCGACACCCUGACCAAGUCGUGCAUCAAGUGCUCCGACCUGUUCCAGGACAACACAACUUUCCCCCUCCUGACACUACCGGCAUCUCACCCCACAGCAGAGCCCACCCUGGCACCCGCCCUGACCAGCACCUUCCUGACCUUCGGGGUCCCGGUGGUGGUGGGGGUCGUCCUGGUUCUGGCUGCCGUCUGCGUCUUCCUGGCCUGCAAGGAGGGAAAGCGAAGGAGAAAGAGGAAGGCAGCAGAUGAAGAGGACAAAGAAAACAUAGACGUUGCCAGCCCCCUGCCCAGCCAGGACUCUGCCAUGCCAGAGGGAGAGGGUGCCCUGAACCCAGCCCCAUGCCUGCACCUUGUUGGGAGCCUGAAGAUGCCAGGGACACCCAGGAAAGCCAGGGCAAAGCAGAGGCCGUGCUGCCAGGGCGAUGCUGAUGGCGACAUUGUUCUGCUCUCCGCUGUGUACCCCCGGCCUGAGGAAUGCAACCACAGCUUCCCACUGCCUGCCACUGAGCUGGGGGCCACAGCGCUGGUCACCACCAAAACCACCCAGAACUGCGCCAGAGAGGAGAGAGUCUGAGGGCAAGGGGAAUGGAGCUGGAGAGCUCUGGCCAAUCCCUGUGGAUACUGAGACCCUGCUCCUGGAUGAGUGAAGCCUUCCAUGGGUAUGAGCUCCAUGAGGAUCAAGAUCAGCCUUUUAAGAUGACUGUCCUUUUUGUGCUGAGUCCCAAGUUACACCUGUAAAUGCUGGAGGAAGCCAAAGUGGAUCAUGCUGAGUUACAAUGAACUGUCAGCAGCUGCCAUGGCUGAACCAUAGGGAGGAGGCAGAGACACAGCCUGUGAGGAUGGAGUGUGGCAAGGACUGCUGUGCCAUUUGCAAGGCAGCUGCUGUGCCUGGGCAGGUGUCAUGCUGAAUGGGUAACUGCUGGGAAAAGGGGCUGGAAGAUCAGAAACUGCAGGGGAAAAGGAAGCAGGGAGUCACUUUAGGGCCAAAUCCCACACAGCAGUAGUUUGAUUUUUGCUACGGACCUCAAUAAAAGUGGACUUGAGGCGAUAUGAAGCAAGGCACACUCAGCAUCUACUCCAUUUACAGUCCUGCCACCCUGUCUUCUGCACUCUGUGAUACCCAGGUCUUCCCACCCUCUGGGCUCUCUCACAUGGUGGCAGGCAUCCACCAGCACUCCCGCCACAGCCAGGUACCCUGGGGAUAGAAAAAAAGUUCAUCUUCCCAAGCAGUGAAGAGGGGAAAAAAAAUCUGUCCUUGUUCUGACCUAUAGUCCCUGAAGUUAGGGAGGAGCAGUGGAGACAGCCAGUCCAGAGGAGCUCCCUGGAUGUGUCAUUACAGCCCCAGACAACCGUCACUUCAGCUCACUGUCGCUGCAGAAAUACCGUGUGUCACUUGGGAUGGGUGCUUCCACACUGCACAAAAGCAGUCAGGGAGUGAUGUGAGCGUAGGCAGGAUGACUUAAUUUAUG